AUGUCUGCUCAGGAUCGCGUCCAGCAAUACGUCACUUCGCUCGACCGUGAGCUGUCCAAGUACCCUACUCUCAACAACCUUGAGAAGCAGACCUCGGUCCCCAAGGUCUACGCUGUUAUCGGCCUGGCCACCCUCUACUUCUUCUUCAUCGUCUUCAACCUCGGUGGUCAGCUCUUGACCAACUUUGCCGGCUUCGUCAUCCCCGGCUACUACUCUCUGCAGGCUCUCUUCACUGCCACCAAGACUGACGAUACCCAAUGGCUGACCUACUGGGUCGUCUUCUCUUUCUUCACCGUUCUUGAGAGCUUGAUCAACGUCGUCUACUGGUUCCCCUUCUACUUCACUUUCAAGUUCGUCUUCCUUCUGUGGCUCGCUCUGCCCGUCUUCAGCGGCGCCCAGCUCGUCUUCCGAUCCUUCAUCCAGCCCGCCUUUGGCCGAUACUUCUCAGGAUCUGGCUCGACCGCCGCCAACCUGCGUGCCAAGGCCGACUCCAUCGGCAAGGGCGAGUAA